AUGCAAGUGACUUUCUGCAGACUGCGGACUCACCAGUGGUGUUUCAUUCUAUUUAAUGUCAUCCUGUUUCAUGCCUUGCUUUUUGGGGCUGACUUUGUGGAGGAAUACUUUCUGCAUUCUUUGCCUUAUAUAGAUAUGAAAGCUCUUGAAAUUAAGAAUAAGGCAAGAAAAUUGAACACAGAACCCCUAAGAAGUAAUCUCUCCAAAUAUUAUGUCUUGAGCCAGUCGGAAGUGUGUAAAGGGAAGAACAUUUUUUUGCUGUCUCUAAUCUUCAGUAGCCCAGGAAAUGGAACAAGACGGGACCUCAUUAGGAAAACUUGGGGCAAUGUGACCAGUUUCCAAGGGCAUCCCAUUCUCACACUGUUUGCUUUGGGAAUGCCUGUUUCAGUAACUACUCAGAAAGAGAUCAACAAAGAGUCCCAUACGAAUAAUGAUAUAAUUGAAGGAAUCUUCUUGGACAGUUAUGAGAACCAAACCCUGAAGAUCAUUGCAAUGAUACAGUGGGCUGUGACUUUUUGCCCUAAUGCCCUGUUCAUUCUCAAGGUGGAUGAAGAAAUGUUUGUCAAUUUACCAAGCUUGGUAGACUAUCUUCUCAAUCUGAAAGAACACUUAGAAGAUAUCUAUGUAGGAAGAGUUAUUCAUCAGGUUACACCCAAUAGAGAUCCUCAGAACAGAGACUUUGUCCCUCUUAGUGAGUACCCAGAAAAAUACUACCCAGAUUACUGCAGUGGUGAGGCCUUUAUAAUGUCCCAAGAUGUGGCUCGAAUGAUGUAUGUGGUUUUCAAAGAAGUACCCAUGAUGGUGCCAGCUGAUGUGUUUGUAGGAAUUUGUGCUAAGUCCAUUGGCCUUAUACCCAUCCACAGCUCAAGGUUUUCUGGGAAAAGACACAUUAGAUAUAACAGAUGUUGCUAUAAGUUCAUUUUUACAUCCUCAGAAAUUGCAAAUGAUGAAAUGCCCCUGGCAUGGAAGGAAAUUAAUGAUGGAAAAGAAUGUACACUGUUUGAGACAUACUAUGGGCUCAUUUCCUGUAAACUUCUGACAUACCUUGACAGCUUUAAACGUUUUCACCUGGGGACCAUAAAAAACAAUGCCAUGUAUUUUGGUGAUUAGGAUUUAUUUAAUUUUCCUUGUGAAUCUAUUAUUUUAAAGUUCCCUUCAACCCUGUUAUUAGAAAGCAUCCCUUCUUCCUGUGUUUUAUGUAGGUUCUCUGAAUCUUUAAUUUUACUUGCAAAGGUACAAAACUUUUUCUGUGCUCUGGUGUACUCAAUUACUGAGAUCUCAUUUUAAGAAAUUUAAGUUGGUAUAGCAUGAUUCUUUUCAAAAUAAAACAUUUCUUUCAGA